AUGGAGGCGGGGCAUGGCGCGGCGUGCUUACGUGGGACGCAAUCGAAUAACGCUGGAGGAGCGGAGGGUUCGGUUCUGCGAGCCACAAGGUGGGGUCACUCCCAUUUGAAAUCUGGAGUCCGAAGAAGAAGGAACCCUUCAGCAAUGGAUGGCACUGGGUACCCAGAUAUUGACAAUGGGAGCUCACAUGUUAUUGCCACUUGUUUCCGAGGUCAUGAAUAUCCUCUGCAAAGACCACCUACACCUGUUGGGGAGAAAGUGGAUCCUGUUACAUUCUGGCUCUCUCAUCCAUUAGAAGUUAUACAUGAACACUGUGAUUUGAUUAAAAUUUAUAUUUUGUGGCCAGUCCUUAAAGCAGAUACACCUACAGUGCAUAAUGGACCAGCAUGGGUUGAUCCGGAUUCUACCGGCUUGUGUCUUAAUAAACUAAACUUUGUCGAGAUGUUAGAAGAACUCCUGGAUGUAGUAAAGAAAGUGGCGCAUGAGCGACGGUUUAUAGAGGGCCUAUUAAAGAUCGCAAAGUCAAUGGAAAUGGUUCAUUUAAAUUAUCAGCAUGUGUCAGAAGCAAUGAGCUGGCUUAAAUCAACGGGGGAACUACAGGUUUGCAAGAAACUGGAAGAACAAGAGAAUUUCAGAUGCUUCCCCCUGCAGAUAUUAUUUAUUGACUAUGCACAUUACAUAAACAGUAUGGCUGAACAGAAAUACAAUUUCUUUAUGUGGAGAAAACAUUUUUGCGACCGAUGUGCUGUGGAGUCGGAAUGUAUUAAGCGACACGGUAAUGAAGAGUUCUCAAAAUCAAAUUUUAUUUUGGCUGCUGAGCUUUAUUCGAAAGCCAUAGAAUAUAGUUCUGAUAAUCAUCUUCUAUUUGGCAACAGAUCUCUCUGUUACUUACGUAUGGGCGACUACUUGAAUGCUCUGGCUGACGGUAAGAAGGCUACAGUUCUCAAGCCUAAAUGGGCAAAGGGUCACUAUCGUUUCUGUGAAGUCCUGUUUCUUAUGGGAGAUCGAGAGCUAGCGCUUGCUUCCAACGAAAAGGCUCAGCUGCUUUGCAAGGACAGCCCUGAAGGCAUCCGAGACUUAAUUAAGCAACAUACAAAGAUCAAGAGAAAAAUAGAGGAGAUGAAAGAUGGAAAGCAUCGGAGAUGUACUACCAGAAAGCUAAUCCGUGACAAAAAGAUUGCUCAGCCACCUUCUAUUUUAGUUCCAAAGGAAAAAAAGAAUAUAUCCUCUAGUCAUAAAGAAGAUAUCCCUAAUAAGGAAAAUGAUGGGGCCGCUUUACAAAAUAAGGACAGUAUUUCUGAUAAUGUAACUGGGCAAAAUCAGAAGAAGGGAAAGUCAAAGGGAAAAGUGGGAGAAUCUGAAAAAUUAAGGGUGUCUAGUACAAAGCCUGAACCUAAGGAAAACCAGGAUGUAUCUUGUAAAUAUUCACAGAUGGAUCUAUCCACUCUGCAAGAAAUGGUUAAGACUCUGGUGCGUGAUGGGUGUGAAGCACUUGCAGACAGCCGCUGCCAUAAUGCACUAGGAUCUUUUUCUAAAUUGCUGGAUAUCAUCACUCCAUCCGACCUCCAGAGAUUCUAUCUGUCUAACAUCGACUAUGUGGUGCUUCUGUACGGCUAUGCUAAUGCACUCUUUGGCACUGGCCAAUGUGAGGAACUGGCCAAAGCUGAAGACCAGCUGAAGAAAAUCAUAAGUCAAUUCACCAAAGAGAGGUUUAACUGCUUGGCUUUUUAUGGCAUUGGCAAUGUAUAUUUUAGGCAAAACAGAUUUUCUGAUGCCUUAAAUCAAUAUGUGAAAUCACAUACUAUGGUAAAGCUCAAGAUGAUGCCAGGGAUUCUAACAUGGCCUACUACACCCAUAGUCCUCGAAGAGUCGAGACCUGAGAAAUUGCAGUCACUUUUAGAAAGCCGAAUUGAAGAAUGCAAGUUUCCUCCAAAGCCAGAUGCCAUCUGUCGAUACAAACAGUGCCUUAGUUUGCCAAAAUCACAGAUAUAUUUUACAGAUCCUGAUUUCAAGGGGUUUAUCCGUGUGAUGUGUUGCCUGUCAUGUACAGUGGAGUUCCAUGUCUUCUGCUGGAAGAAGCUGAAGGCCAACAACUAUUCCGAUAAAGCUGACAGGGAUUUCCUAACUAUCUCCUGUUUUACUCCUGACUGUAAAGGAAAAAUCUCUAACAUAAUUAUUUAUGACUCCACCGGACUUGUGAAACGUGAGUUUGCAGAUAAGUCUGUUAAGAAGAAAGAACCACAAAGGCCUACGGUUAAGAAUAAAGGAUGUAGCAAUAAGAAGUUAAAAAUGCGGUCUGAGAGUAAAACGCAAGUAAAGAAGACCACACCGGAAGAGAACAGGAGCAUGACAAACGAUGAGAAAUCACAGAAGCAGCAAGAGAAUAUCUCCUCCAACCAACAGAAUAAUAAAUGUAAUAACCGUUAUAGUGUAGCACCUCAUGAUUUAAUGAUGACUCUUAUACUUAAUAAGGAGGAGGUUUUCAAAACUGGAGUGGAGAACACCAAAGAAUUGUGCAACUCAUUAAUCUCAUGGAAUGUUAUAAGUCAGGAAGAACUUGAUGGUUUUUCCUUUGAAACAACCUGUCGAUCAUCCUCUGAUGAGAUGGCAGUCCUACUUGCUCAUCUGUGCAGCUUAAAUAAUAGAGUAAAGACUAGAAUAUUCCUCUACCUGCUGGAAGAUUAUCCUUUAACUUUAGAACUGCCUGCAUUUAUAAAGAUGAUUAGUGAUACAGGUCUUCGUGCAGCAAAGAAGUUUCAAGCGAUAAGUGUCAGCCUCCUGGAACAGCUUAAUUUCGAGUUGCUGGCCGAUCGGUGGAAUGAAACCUACGGAAAACUUUUAAACUUCUACAUAUCUAUAACAGUGGAAACAGCUGAGAAACUAAAUCAAGCCGCUAUCCAAAUAUUCCGCUGUUUCAUAUGGUUUCUAGACGAGAAUAGAUGUGUCCCCUUGCCUGCCGGACUGGAUAGAAAUUUAGAUAAAUAUUUCAUAGAAAUGGAUAUACCAUAUACCAAAAAUGAUGUGCUCUACUCUGUUAAUAAAGACCCUGUAGAAGCCUCAUGUUGCAUCAAUAUACGAAUUAAGUCUGAUGAAGAGCAGCCUACUAAAUGUAUCAAAGUAAAGAACAAACACAAGAAAAAGAAGCAAAAUCAGCCCAAGACUUUGUAUAAGGUUUCUGGUGCAGUAAGUACCCGGUCUCCAGACGAUGACAUUUUUACAGAAGAAAAUACUCUAAGCCUGUUGGAUCCUUAUGAGCCUUUUAUAAUCCCAGAAUAUUUGCGCCCUGACAUGGAAGAAUUUGAAAAUCUUUAUGAUCCCACUCCAGGUGGAUACAGGAUACCAUGGCAACCCGAUAAUACCAUGCAGGAAACCCUCUAUGAAUAUUUUUAUGAUAUUCUGGAAGAGCGCGGGCCUUUGGAACUGGAUGAUGACAUUCUGAUUGGGGCAUUUAAGGACUUCCCAGAAGAAGCGCACCAGCUGGUUGAAGAGGCUGGCGGUCUAAAGGACUUCCUUUUGCACUCGGCCGAGUUCUUCAUGGUGGGAAAGCUAUUGGGACUGCACACACACAAAGUUAUACUGGAAGAAGCAUCUGGAAAGGCCAAGCUCAACCCAACGGCUAAAGAAUUCCAGCCUUCCUCUAAUAAUCCCUUUGAUUCAAUAAUAAGCGAGACUGUGGAAAUAAGUACUGAAUACCUUCCACACGAGCCUUCAAAUCCCUUUCUUUUGUUGCACAAUCAAAGCCCAGUUUUUAAUGGCAGUUUAAUUAGUAAUUCUAUAGUUCCAAUGUAUGGCUUAAAUAGUUUGCCUGUAGUAUCUGUAGGGCACCCAUUCAUACCCGGUCUUGGUAUUGCAAUGCAGCCUACAAUAACCAUUAAUAGUACCAUCAUGUGUAAUGGAGGCAUGCCGCUUCCUAAUAAAGCAGAGCAGCCAGAGCAGUUAAAUCCAGUCAUUCAUAACGCAAGGACUUUAAAUCUCAAUCCCAAGGAUGAGGCUGAAACAGAGAUUACCAGGACCCAACUUGUUCCAUUAAGGAAAAAUAUUCUCACUGGGGUAGUGUCAGUACAGGUUGACAGAGACUUAUCUGAGCAGGAAGUAAAUACUGAGCCUUAUUAUCCCUUUGAAGUGCAGCAGGGAGAUAUUCUACGGAUAGAGAAAGAGCAUCUUGUGCUGCAGGAUCAGCUAAAAGAAGCAACAGAGAAGUAUGACCAUCUGCAGAGCCGCUGCAAGGAAGAAAUAUCUGGGCUGCAGAAGCAAAUCAAGGAAACUGUCGAAACGAAGAAGAUUACAAAGAAAGAGCUUGAAAUGUUUAAUCAUGAGAUGGAAAGCAACACCAAAAAAUGGCAACUAGAGAAAAAAGAGAAUCACGACAAGCUGAGAGUGUUAAAGAAUGGUAUUAAGGCGUCUAAUGAAACUAUCGAUAAAUAUUCAAGGGAGAUUGAGGAAAAGCAGCAGCAAUAUUUAACCUAUAUAGAGACGUUUGUACAAUCUGGCUUUAAUAUCGAAAAUGAAAAAGCAAAACUGGAAAAGCAGAUUAAAAGGAGCGAGGAAAAUCUUCAGGAAAACAAGAAGAGAGCUGUGGCUGCUGAGGUCAACUUCCUUGAGAACCGAAAACAAACUGAGUUAUUAAAGCUGAGGAUUAUGGCUGCAAAGGUGGAACACAGUGCCAUCAAGUUAAAAGCCAACAGCAUUGCUUCACCAGCACAAAAAAGCAUAGCGGAUUUAUCUCCUUCUUAUCUUAAAUCUGAAAGCGAGAAAAUAAAGUCCCAGUUUGAUGAGAAGAUUAAAUUAGUGGAAAAUGGAACUAGGUUCUCAGAUAUACAAGGAAUCAGUCUGGCAGCCCCUUCCAAUGCAUCUGUUUUUCAAACACUUCUGCAGCCCUCGACCCCCACCCACAAGCUCCCCGGUACAACUAAUCCCAGCACCCCGCCACCAGCUUCCGGUUCUGCAUCUCAAGCAUCUCUCGAGUCCCCAUUAAAGCCAAUGCGCGAAACAAAAAAAGCCAAAUCUAAAGACAUUAAUAAGGAUCCCAAACCACCUCCUGUGAAUAUUCCGAAGGCAACAGCAUUACCAGGGAAGGGUCUGGUAGCAACCGUUAAGGAGAAAAAAGGAAAUGCACAUCUUCAGUCUCCUGGGAAACCGACGGCAUUUGAUAAGAUUAUUGAAGAGCUGCACGAGAUAUUUCCUCACUACAAAAGCGUGGAACUUACCAACUUUAUCAUGGAGCUGCGCAAUAAGACUGGCGGAACACUUGCUGGCAUGAAGCAUGACGAUGUUGUUAGCAGGGUCACGGAGUAUAUACUGGACAUGCAGGAUAAGGCUCCAGCACAGACACCUUGGGUACAAGCAAGUGGAAAUGUCUAUCCUUCCACAGUAAUACCAAAGGCCCCGUCACCUCAGCCUAAACAACCCUGGAGAGUGGUCACUGGUCCAACCAAAAACAAGUGGCAGAAAUCUGAUGAUGCUGAGUCCUGUAAUGAACCGUGUAUUAUCUGCCAUGAUGAGCUCCAACAGUAUCCCGUGCAGAAGCUGGACUGCGGCCAUUGCUUCCAUAGACACUGUAUAAAGACCUGGCUGAACACACAAAGCACGUGCCCAACAUGCAGAGAUCACGCUCUUCUUCCCGAGGAUUUCCCGGCCCUCUCUGGGCGCAUAAGAACCGCUUAGCACCCCCAUAUUCUGCUUUUUUUAUUCUGUGUGCUUGGAAGUAGAAUAGACCCUUCAUUUGUCAUAUAUUAUUCAUUUAGCAUUUUCAUAUCUUGCAAUGAAACAAACACAACAGCUUGA